CCCGGAAACCCAGACAAAGCACGAGCCACGCACGCCCCCGCUGUCUCCCUCCCGCCGUCCCGCCCUCCCUCCGCCGCCGCCACCGCCGGAGUCUCUGGCCACCGUCACUCUCUCCCGCCUUCACCGUGCCUAACUCCCCUCUUUGCCUCCCGCUCGCGCUUCAGCCGCUCCACUCCCCAUCGCUUUCGUCUGGCCAGAUCCAGGUAUCCUUUGACCGAGACCGCGCCUGCCGUACCCCUCCGGUCGGAUUCUUCGCCGUCUUCGUCCCCACUGGGCGCCGCUGGGGUGGAGCGGAGAUCGGAUCCGCCAGGGGCUGAGGAGCUGAUUCCAUCUCUCGCAGUCUAGUUUGAUGCGGAUUCAUUUGCUGACCGGCAUAGCAUGAUCCUGCGGUGAUUUGCGGAUAGCUUGUUUAAGCUGGUGGCGUGGGAGUUCUCUUUUUAACCUGGUCUAAAGAAACCCUGAGACAGUAUCGCGACAUGGAUGCGAGUGCGGAGGUUACUGAUGCUAUUGGCGCAAUGGGCAUUGACAAUGGGACCAAGGGGAAGUUGCCGCCCAGUGAUAAUGUAGAGGGCCACGCAGAAGAACAUGACGGGCUGGCUGAUGGAGCGCAUUCGGGCGAGAGCGAGGUGAUCAACCCAUCUGAAGAAGUGGAAAUGGAAGCCACCUCGCAAUCCCAGGACAUAAAGCCCCGAGUUCCUGAGGGGGUUCAAGGCCAUUCACCGAAGGUUGUUACUAAAUCUCAGCGACAGAGCCCUCGAGGCGGGGAUAAGAGUCAAGCUAGGAAAAGCUCUCCCAGUCCUUCUUCUUAUCCUAAGGCGCCCAUUGCACGGGUUUCUGAUCCAGAUCUAGUUGAUAGCUCUUCCAGCAAUGGCGAUGCUGGUGCCAGUAAGAAAAAGGCCGAAAAGAGCAGUUUCCGUCCAGUUGCCAAGGAGAGCCCAUCACUUGAGGACUCAAAAGAGAAGAAGAAAACUCAGAAGGCACCAAACCAGCAUUCUGUCAAAAAGGAUAUUGAAGAAGAAUCAAAUGAAGGUGUGAAACCUCAAAGGGUUGGCAGCACUCCUUCAUAUGGAUUUAGUUUUAAGUGUGAUGAGAGAGCUGAAAAAAGAAGAGAGUUCUACACAAAGCUCGAGGAGAAGAUUCAUGCACAGGAACUGGAGAAAAGCAACUUGCAGGCAAAAUCAAAGGAAACUGAAGAAGCUGAACUCAAAAUGCUGAGAAAGAGUUUAAAUUUCAAGGCAACACCAAUGCCCAGCUUUUACAAGGAACCACCUCCCCCCAAGGUUGAGUUGAAGAAGAUCCCUACAACAAGAGCUAGAUCACCAAAGCUUGGUCGCUCCAAGAACACAUCCUCAGGAGGGACAGAAGGAAAUUCAAAUCCUCCAGCUCAUUCAGCUCGACUGAGUCUCGAUGAAAGGGUCUCCCAAAAUGGUGUCAAGAAAGCACCUGCUGCAAAUGCAGUGAAGAAGCCCCAACGGAAAUCUCUCCCUAAACUGCCUUCAGAGCAAGCAACCAAAGUUGACAUUGCAGCAUCUGUUUCAUCUGCAGAAGAGCUAGAAAACAAGUCAUCGUCGACGUGUCUUGUUCGAGAGGCGAUCCGCGCUCAAGUUACACCUGAUGAACCUGGACUCAGUGCGUAGGAACCUAUCAAGCCGACUCCAAUGGAAGGAGAGAGUUGUGCCUCAGCUUCCUUUAUCACAUUUUGCUAUUUCUGUAGUAAACUGCUGGCUGGUAUUAUAUGUACUAAAAUCAGUCUCAUCACCAGGAGUUUGAAGAAUGGCAAGUGACCCAGUGUCCCAGUGUAUUGUUUAUCUUAGUUUCUGUUGACAUAUGAGGUAUUUGUAGUUGGCAAAAUUUCUUUUUAUCAUGUCCAAUCUCCUGGGCUCCGAGUCAAUUUCCUUGCCGCCCUAGUACAAAUCUGUACACGAUUUUGCAAAGCUUUGUGAUUCGGUGCAUUAGUUCUUGCA